AAAUUUUGAGCGACGCCCGAUCCCAGUCGGUUGGGUUUCCCCUUGGCCACGAAAAUGCACUUCCUCCAUAACUUUAUAAGACGAUACUGAUUGCAUCUUCCUUCAUCCAACUCAUUGUAAAAGAAUACAAGAUCAAUAAAAUAACGAAAAUCAACCAUGGAGGCGGAGGAAGGAUUGCGAGAGCAGUUGGAAGAAUUGCAAAAACAGCUGGGAAAGAAACAGAAGUUUGAAGAUUCCGUCUCCAAAAUCAAUUCUCUUCUCCACGAUCAAUUUCCCUCUGCUUCUCCACCCCUUCGUAAUCUGUUCUAUUCUGUUGUUUGCCGAGUUGCAACUAUUUUGAAGACUCGAUAUACGUCGCCCGGUUUUUGGCUCGCCGGACUUCGGCUUUUUGAGAAGGCUGAGAGUUUGGUUUCUGACCCGUCUCAGAAGCAACAUAUGAAGGCAUGUAUUGCUCAAGCUAAGGAACAUUUACAUGACAUUGAUAAUCCACCUGAGGUUUCGGAACCCACCGACAGUAGAGGCUACCUUUUUGAGGGGCAUCUGACUGUGGAUCCUGAGCCACCGCAACCCCUGUGGCUGGUGCAGUCUAAUUUGAUUAAUGCAGUUUCAUCUCUAGUGACUGCUGAGUCUUCUCAAGGUCCAGUCAAUAGCAAUAGCACUUCAGAAGCUGCUGCCAAUAUAUUUCAAGAAUUGAUUGAUAACCUUGAUUCUGUUAUACCAGAGAUAUUGGACGGUGAUGGUGCACCACCUAGAGCUCCACCUGCCAGUAAAGAAGUUGUUGCCAAGCUCCCAAUAAUUAUUCUCUCAGAUGAAAUACUGGCAAAGCUAGGACAUGAUGCAGACUGUGCAAUUUGCAAGGAGAACUUGGUUUCGGGUGACAAAAUGCAAGAGUUGCCAUGCAAGCGCACAUUCCAUCCUCCUUGCCUAAAACCAUGGCUGGAUGAGCACAAUUCUUGUCCAAUCUGUCGGCAUGAACUGCAAACUGAUGAUCAUGCGUAUGAGAGCUGGAAGGAGCGGGAGAAGGAAGCUGAAGAAGAGAGGAAAGGUGCUGCAAAUGCUGUCCGGGGUGGUGAAUACAUGUAUGUUUAAUCAAAGUUAUUCUUCGGGGAAUUGUUGUAGGCAAAGAUGACAGUGAAGAUGCUGCAAAUUCCAUUGGGGAUAUGCAUGUUUGUGUGCUCCUUAUUUGUUACUGACCUGUCAAUUUCAUCCAUAAAUUGCGACUUUGAUUAGUUUGUUGGUGAUAAAAUAAAAAAAAAAUUGACAUUCC